AUGCUUACAAAAGAUCCGAAUAUCCGGCCCUCGGCUACCAGUCUACUUCGACAUCCGUUUGUAAAGCGUCACAUGCGCGAACUGUUCCGACAUCAAUGGAUGUCACAAUCCAUGGAGUCGCACACAAUUGAGGAGCAAAUGGACAUGUUGAAACAACUAUGGCAGUUCCCGGAUGGGAUAUUACAAACGGAAGAAUCGGAACUCCAAACCGAUGUGGGCUGUAAUCCGGAACAGGAAUUGGACGAACACGCUGGUGAAGAGAGGGAGCCGCACGUUGAAAUAGAUCUCACCACACUAACACCGAGACAACGAAUACGCAUGAAUCUUCACACAGAGGCCGAUAUAACUGCGGCAGUGAUGAGAUUUGUAAUAAAAAAACAGGUCCCGUUGGGCCUCCUGGAUGAGAACCCUGUGUUAGCGACUAAAGUUGGUUCCAUCGACCGGGGACAUUCAGCACGAAAGUUGCCCCAAGAACGUCUACUUGAGCAAUUGCGUCAACUGGGCAGAGAGUCCAAAUCGACCGGGAAGAAUGAACCUAGAGAGCAUAAUUCUACCGUUGCUACUGUUGCUGUCCACGAUGUCAACGAUGAUGAGGAGGAGGAGGACGAGGAGGAUCUUUCUUGGCCUUACUCCACAAUCACCGACGGUAAGUGUACCGGAUCGAUGAUUGAGUGA